CAAACAUGAGAUAUAUAAACACGUCUAUAUGUCUGUGCCUGUGUUUGAUCGAGCAAAAACAAGAAACGUAUAAGACCAUCAUAAGAAGCGGAGCGCAAAGUUCUAUGGCCAGCAUAUGGGGAAAUUUGUUGUUAGCCGCGGUUUUGUUGAUGUGUCUGUUUGUAUGUUCGCUUCUCUAGCGAAUUUUCUUAAGCAGCUUUUCCCCGACGUUCAGUGCGAGUUGGAUUGCCGUUGGCUACGUGCGUCGCCGCCUGGUGUUUCCCGAUAUUUUAUAAUUUUUUUUAAUUACCGCGUCUUUCGUCGCGUUCGUGUUCCUUUGUUUGCUUGUGUUUAAAACUCUAUGAAUGUCAAGAAUAUAAAGUUCGUGUGUGACGUAUAUAAAGAUAUAUGUAGUAUAUAUAGUGCGUGAGUGUAUUUUGUGAAUAAAUUGAUGGCACCUUGAGCCACACCAUAACCACAGCCGAAAUGUGUUCAAGCUGCGAUCGCAAAAACGGUGCGUAGGGAGUCAUGAGCACGACCACGCCCACGCCCACUCCGGGGGCUGUUCUGGGCCAACAGGUUCCACUGCCCCAUGAAUUGACCGCCGAGUGGACGGUGCGAGCACAUCUCACUUUUGCCCGAGCUGGUGAGCCGGUGCAAAAGGAGUUUGCUGCCCCGGAGGCUGUGCAUCCCAUGCGCGUGGUCUACAAGUGGUGCACGCCAUGCGAGGAACCCGAAAGCGAGCAGGAUGCGGACAAGACAGCAGCCACAGCGGGAACCAGCUUCCGUUCCACCAACUCCUCGGCCACCACCAAUGCGGACUCUGCCUUUGGUAGCCCCCAUGCAUCCAGAGCUCUUCAGAAGCCUUCUGCUGCUGCUCCUCCUCCUCCUCCACCUCCUGGAGCCACUGCUCAAGUGUGUGGCACACGCUGCCGGAGCACCUGCAACAUCAUGGUGUCGGCUGUGGCCGAUUUCCUACCCCAUGAAGCGGGAAUCGGGACUGUGAAUGAACCCUUUGUGUACCACAGCAAAGUGCGAGCCCAGCAGCUAAGGGAUGCCUUUUCGCAAACGAGCGACACGGAGGAGCAGCCAGCCAAAAGACGUCCGGCUUAUGAGCAACGAAGGGCCACCACCGAAGCAUUGAUGAAUUUUGCCAGCAAGCGGCAGGCGGAGGAGGCUAACACUUAUGUGCCAACCUACUCGCCCACGCCCACGACGCCCUCGUCAACAUUUAAGUCGGCUUCGAUGUCAAGGAUACCACCGCUAGCUGGAAAUUUAAACCAAGGAGCUGUGCCUAGAACACCCAACUUGGGGGAGAAGAAACCGCGCACUGUUCACAUUGAUGUUUACUGCACGGGUUCCGAGGGUGAUGAGGAAGAGGAGGCCGAUGAUGAGAGGCAAGCGGACGAGGAGGCCUCUAGCUCCUCCGAUUCCGAGUUGGCCGGAAGCAAGCGCUACGAACUGGACUCGAAUUCCACCCCGCAAACCGUCCUCGACAACGAACAGAUGCUGCUGCGCCAUCAAAGAAUCUCUGGGGGAGCUAUGCCCAGGCGUCUGGCUCAAAAUCAGGCGAAGAAUCCUGUAGGAAGCCAACAACAUGACGAUUUAAAUCUGGGUCAUGCCAUUACAAAAUGCAGCACCGCCGAGGAAGUGUGCGAGUCCAAGCAGCUGCUGUUCCGCAAACACAUUGGCGAUCAGCGGGCGGCUAAAUUGGCUAAUCUGCGCCAGAAAUACAUGCGCCAGCCCAGCGAUGAGACGAUUAGUAGCACUUACCCAAACUCCUCGAGAUCUACGAUGCCCAGGGAUGCCACGUGCAGUAGCAUAUCCAGUGUCAUGGGUGGAACAGAUUGCGUGGACUCGUCUUGGAAGGAAACAGACGAACUGGAUACACCGAUAACAUCAUUCGGUUUGGCCAAGUCCGACAGCUUUGAGUAUGAGAACUCGCUCGAUCGCCUGCGAAUUAGCCAAAUGGAGCGACUUUGGUCCCGUCAGCACUCGUUGGACCAGAGUCACAUGCCAACCCACCCGGGAGCACCCUCCCCGCAUCCCCUGCAGACAAUAACGGAGGUGCAGUCGCAACGCAGUUCGUUCCAGCGCAGCGACACCAUCCCCUCGGAAUCGGAUGGCUUUUCGGAUGCCAAUGGAUUUAAUACCUAUCCGGGCCGGCAGCCGCAGUCGCAGUUGCAGCAGAUCUCGCAUUUCCCGCGUAAUCGUCCCGGGUUUCUGCAGUUCUUUGGACCCACUGGCGGACCAGGUGGUGUUGCUCAGCCCACACCGCCAGCCACGGCACCCGUUCAACCCGCUGCGGCCGCCACUACGGAUCCGUUCCGGCUUCUCCACCCCAGCUUCCGCUGGAAGAGCGAGGCCCGCGACAACCUCAGCGUGCAGGUGGCCUCCGGAUCACCGUCCUCGGAGCGAAGUUCCCCGCAGCUACUGUCGGCUGCCACCACAGUGGUGCGCUGCGGCAGUGAAGCGCCACCCAGCACCACUUCGGCCAGUACUUUUGGCACCACGGUGACGCCUUCGCCGCUACCAGUACGGCGUUUUGAAAUUUCACGCGACAGCCCAAGCCUUGCAAGUGAAGCUUCCACAUCCGUUUCCGGUUACACCCACGAGCAUUUGGAGAAGGCUCGGCGCUUUGGCAAUGUGGUGGCCAUGAGAAAGCCCGGCCAUCAUGUGGGUCCCACCAAGAAUCCGAAUUGCCAAUGUGAAAGCUGCCAACGUUGGCUGGCCGAAAGGUUUCAACUUCGCGGUAGAGCCUUCUCACUGGGCGAGAAGCCCUUGAUCAGGCGCCCGCAGUAAAAUAAACAUUAUUGAACCCUUUUGGAUUUAUUAUUAUUUUUCUUCGUCUAAGUCUUGCAUUUAACACAUUGCUUUUGAGAUUGUCAUACUCCCAAUUAACCCAAACCCAAUUAACCCAAACCCCAAUCCCGAACCCAAAAACCAUCUUUCUUUCGAUUAGUUGUAAGCCAUGUAAGCGAAUGUUCCUCACACAAAACACAAAUUGUGCGCUGAAUCAAUUUAAAGUUGUAAUAAAGUAAAUCAAUAGUUUUAGUUAGAAAAUUAUCUUUUAUUUCGGUGGUUA